AUGUCUUUAAAGAAUGGAAGAGCAUGUGGCCCAGAGGGAGUAUAUGCGGAACUCAUAAAAUCUGGAAGCAAAAAACUGUUUAGAAUGUUAACAAACAUAGUUAACCAGUGCUUAAAUGGCCAGCCAGUACCUGAACAGUGGAAAAAAGCAUAUAUCUCCUCUAUAUAUAAAAAGGGAUCAAGGAAGGAUCCCAAUAACUACAGGGGAAUUUCGGUCACCAGCACUAUGAGUCGCCUCUAUGGAAGGAUACUGAGGAACUUAAUUGAAGAGGAAUACUCCAGCUACGAAGAAGAAGAGCAGAAUGGUUUCAGAAGCGGAAGAUCAUGUACAGAUAAUAUCUUUGCAUUGAAACAGAUCAUCGAGAAGAAAUCUGCAAUGAACCAGGAAGUUGACCAGUACAUGGAAGAAGUGAAACCUCUAAUUAUUCAAACUGAUAAUGACAGCAGUGAUGAUGAUUCCGACACCGACACUGACGAUGAAAGUGAUAAAGAAAAUUAG